AUGAGUCAAAGAUUCAAAAAGGGUUUAAUAUCAAUAUGUCGAUACCAAACAACAAUAACACCAUAUUCAUAUAUACAUGAUGAUUUUAUGUCAGAUAUUAGUAAAGAAGAAAUUGCAAAACAUCUUAAAAAUUUAGGUCCAUUCCCCACAUAUUCAAAUAUUUUAAAUCCACAGCAUUUUUAUCAAAAUUCAGUAUUAUUAGAUUAUCUGAAAAAGCUGCCACAUCCAGUGUCAUUACGUCAACUAGCUGGUUAUGGUAAUACUUUAACAAAACAAAAGAUUAUUAAUAGUGCAAAUUUUGUACGAAUUGAAUUACCAAUUAGAUUAGCCAUGCGAAUUCGAGAUUUACAAACUUUACCAUUUGGAGUAGUAAAUAAUUUCCAUUUAGCUCAAAUUUAUGAAAGUUAUUAUCAUCUGUUUAAUGCAUUUAGAAAAAUACCCAAGAUUCAUACAAUUGAAGAAAAUAAAAAAUUUUGUGAAACUUUAUCUACUUUAUUAGAUGAUCAUGUUUUCAAUUUGUCACAUUUAAUGAUGGGAGCAUUAGAAGUUGCAAUUGCGGAAAGUUUACCUCAAAAUGAAUUAGAUCAAUUUAUGAGUUCAAUGUUAAGAUCAAGAAUAAGUAGAAGAGUUAUUGUUGAGGAACAUUUAUCAUUAAGUCAAAAUUAUAAUACCAAACCAUAUGACAAAAAACCACCACAUUAUUUAGGUGAAAUGUUUAGUGAUUGUAAUGCAGCAGAAAAUUUUAAACAAGUGUGUGAAUUGGUUGUAAAAUCAUUAAAUUUUCCAAUUGAAAGAAUGCCAAAUUUAGAAAUUGAUGGAGAUCUAGAUACUAAUUUUCAAUUUAUGAUACCACAUUUACAUUAUUUAUUACAUGAAUUAUUGAGGAACUCUUAUGAAGCUACAAUUAAAAAUCUUGCAACCAAAACAAGUAAAAGAUUACCAAAUAUAAAAGUUACAAUCAUUAAUUCUCCAAAAGAAGUUUCAUUCAGGAUAUCUGAUCAAGGUGGAGGUAUAAAUCAUGAUAAAUUAAAAAAUAUUUGGUCUUUUGGUAAAUCUCCAAAAUUAGCAAGAGAAUCACUUUCAAAUUUUCAUAAAAUACCUGGAUUACAAUUAUAUUCAAAUUUAAAAGUUACAAAAGCUGGUUCGUCAAUAAUAACUCCAAAUACUGAAAAAUUUAUUGAAACAAAUACAUCUUUAGGUGAAAAACUGUCAACAUUAGAAGGUUUUAUGGCAAGAUCAUAUGAAUACAAAUUAGGUAUGGGUUUACCAAUGUGUUCUGUAUAUGCUGACUAUUGGAAUGGUAAAUUAACAAUGGAAUCAUUAGAAGGAUAUGGAACUGAUAUAUUAUUAACAUUAAGUAAAUUGGGUUAUCAUAGUAAUAUUAUACAAUUAGAUAGAGCUUAA